UUCAUUUUCAUUCUCCACCGCUGGACUACAUAGCAGCACAAAGGAGACACAGAGAGUCUACCUGGUCUCACAAAAACAGGUGAAAUGAGCACAACCUCCUAACAGGAAACUGGACGGUGCGUUGAAGUGGACCUCAGGUGAGUUCAGCAGGUACAUGGGCCAGACGUGGCCAUCGAACAGGCCGGGGGGGUCUGGCACCGUGUAGUUCCUAGAGCACCUUACGAAUCUUACGGGCCGCUCCGACUAAUCAAGUUCAUCCAGUGAAACUCGAUUUACAAGUUUCAACGAAUGCAGGUGUGUCUCUGCUAUGAAUCAGUGUGAGGACAGAGAGGAGGGAGUUCCUCCCUCUGAAACCACUCUGUGUGGGGAACAUGAGAACCAGACCAAAGCUCAGAGACCAAAGCAGCAGAACAGACCAGAUUCUCCCGUUUCCAGCUGUGUGUCCAUGAAAAGUGACUGGUCCAUGGAUCCUCCACUUUCUUUUAAAGGACGACCUUCUGAAACACCAGUUGAGCAGCAGCGACGACACUGUCCUGAACCCAGUUGUGUGUCCAUGAAGAGUGACCAGUCUAUGGACAAACAUCUUGUUUUUAAAGUACGAUCUUCUUCUGAAACACAACUCAUGGAGCAGAGACCAGCCUCUCCUGAACCCAGCUGUGUGUCCAUGAAGAGUAACCACUCUAUGCUUGAACCCAUUGAAUUCAAAGAUGGACACCAGACAGUUAAUGAAAGCGUUAACCAGCAGAGUUCAGAGGAUCUCAGAGGUCAGUCUGUCCCUCAGCAUCAAACAGAUCUGGACUCCAUAUUAAUGCUGUUGGAAGAGACCAUCAUCAUAUUUGUGAAGAAUGAGAUGCAGAAGAUCCAGAAGGUUCUGAGUCCAGAUUACCCAGAAUGCUUAGAGAGUCAGAAGGAGGAGUUGGAGGGUGAGGAUGAAGAGCAGAGGAGGAGCAGCAGAGAGUCAUUUCUGAAGAUCACACUACACUUCCUGAGGAGAAUGAAGCAGGACCAGCUGGCUGACUGUCUGCAGAGCAGGACUGUUGCUGCGAUGUGCCAACAACAACUCAAGUCUAACCUGAAGAAAAAGUUCCAGUGUGUGUUUGAGGGGAUCGCUAAAGCAGGAAACCCAACUCUUCUGAAUCAGAUCUACACAGAGCUCUACAUCACAGAAGGAGGGACUGCAGAGGUCAAUGAUGAACAUGAGGUCAGACAGAUUGAAACAACAUCCAGGAAACCAGACAGAGCAGAAACAACCAUCAGACAAGAAGACAUCUUUAAAGGCUCACCUGGAAGAGAUGAACCAAUCAGAACAGUGAUGACAAAGGGAGUGGCUGGCAUUGGGAAAACUGUCUUAACACAGAAGUUCACUCUGGACUGGGCUGAAGACAAAACCAACCAGGACAUCCACUUCACAUUUCCAUUCACCUUCAGAGAGCUGAAUGUGCUGAAAGAGAAAAAAUACAGUUUGGUGGAACUUGUUCAUCACUUCUUUACUGAAACCAAAGAAGCAGGAAUCUGCAACUUUCAACACUUCCAGGUUGUGUUCAUCUUUGAUGGUCUGGAUGAGUGUCGACUUCCUCUGGACUUCCACAACAACGAGAUCCUGACUGAUGUUACAGAGUCCACCUCAGUGGAUGUGCUGCUGACAAACCUCAUCAGGGGGAAACUGCUUCCUUCUGCUCGCCUCUGGAUAACCACACGACCUGCAGCAGCCAAUCAGAUCCCUCCUGAGUGUGUUGACAUGGUGACAGAGAUCAGAGGGUUCACUGACCCACAGAAGGAGGAGUACUUCAGGAAGAGAUUCAGAGAUGAGGAGCAGACCAUCAGCAUCAUCUCCCACAUCAAGACAUCACGAAGCCUCCACAUCAUGUGCCACAUCCCAGUCUUCUGCUGGAUCACUGCUACAGUUCUGGAGGAGCUGUUGAAAACCAGAGAGAGAGGAGAGCUGCCCAAGACCCUGACUGAGAUGUUCAUCCACUUCCUGGUGGUUCAGACCAAAGUGAAGAAUGUCAAGUAUGAUGGAGGAUCUGAGACAGAUCCACACUGGAGUCCAGAGAGCAGGAAGAUGAUUGAGUCUCUGGGAAAACUGGCUUUUAAGCAGCUGCAGAAAGGAAACCUGAUCUUCUAUGAAUCAGACCUGACAGAGUGUGGCAUUGAUAUCAGAGAGGCCUCAGUGUAUUCAGGAGUGUUCACACAGAUCUUCAAAGAGGAGAGAGGACUUUACCAGGACAAGGUGUUCUGCUUCAUCCAUCUGAGUGUUCUGGAGUUUCUGGCUGCUCUUCAUGUCCAUCAGACCUUCACCAACUCUGGAAUAAACGUACUGGUAGAGCAACAGCAAGCAACCUACAAGACACCAAAAGCAAUCAAAGACAAAACUACUCUAAAACACCUCUACCAGACAGCUGUGGACCAGGCCUUACAGAGUCCAAAUGGACACCUGGACUUGUUCUUGCGUUUCCUCCUGGGUCUUUCACUGCAGACCAAUCAGAAUCUCCUACGAGGCCUGCUGACACAGACAGGAAGUAGCUCACAGACCAAUCAGGAAACAGUCCAGUACAUCAAGAAGAAGCUCAGUGAGAAUCUGUCUACAGAGAGAAGCAUCAAUCUGUUCCACUGUCUGAAUGAACUGAAUGAUCGUUCUCUAGUGGAGGAGAUCCAACAGUUCCUGAGAUCAGGACGUCUGUCCACAGAUAAACUGUCUCCUGCUCAGUGGUCAGCUCUGGUCUUCAUCUUACUGUCAUCAGAAGAACAUCUUGAUGUGUUUGACCUGAAGAAAUAUUCUGCUUCAGAGGAGGCUCUUCUGAGGCUGCUGCCAGUGAUCAAAGCCUCCAACAAAGCUCUGCUGAGCAGCUGUAACCUCUCAGAUAGAAGCUGUGAAGCUCUGUCCUCAGUUCUCAGCUCUCAGUCCUCUAGUCUUAGAGAUCUGGACCUGAGUAACAACGACCUGCAGGAUUCAGGAGUGAAGCUGCUUUCUGCUGGACUGAAGAGUCCACACUGUGAACUGGAAACUCUUGGGCUGAGCAGCUGUAACCUCUCAGAGAGAAGCUGUGAAGCUCUGUCCUCAGUUCUCAGCUCUCAGUCCUCUAGUCUGAAAGAUCUGGACCUGAGUAACAACGACCUGCAGGAUUCAGGAGUGAAGCUGCUUUCUGCUGGACUGAAGAGUCCACACUGUGAACUGGAAACUCUCAGUCUGUCAGGUUGUCUGGUCACAGAAGAAGGUUGUUCUUCUCUGGUCUCAGCUCUGAGCUUCAAUCCCUCCCAUCUGAGAGAGUUGGAUCUGAGCUACAAUCAUCCAGGAGACUCAGGAGUGAAGCUGCUUUCUGCUGCAGUGGAGGAUCCACAUUGGAGACUAGACACUGUCAGGGUGGAUCAUUGUGGAGGGCAGAGAUUAAAACCUGGUGUGAAGAAGUAUUUCUGUGAACUUGAACUGGACACAAACUCAGUGAACAGAAACCUGAAACUGUCUGACAACAACAGGGACGUGACAAUGGUGGUGGAGAAGCAGCCAUAUCCUGAUCAUCCAGACAGAUUUGAAUACUGGCAGCUGCAGUGUAGAAAUGGUCUGACUGGUCGCUGUUACUGGGAGGUCAGAUGGAAAAAAGAGGUUUAUAUAUCAGUGAGUUACAGAGGAAUCAGGAGAGGACUCAGUGAUGACUGCAGGUUUGGAUGGAAUAAUCAGUCCUGGAGUCUGAGCUGCUCUGAUGAUGGUUACUCUGUGCUGCACAAUAACGUAAGAACAUCCAUCUCCUCCUUCUACAUCUCUAACAGAGUAGCAGUGUAUGUGGACUGUCCUGCUGGCAUUCUGUCCUUCUACAGAGUCUCCUCAGACUCUCUGAUCCACCUCCACACCUUCAACACCACAUUCACUCAACCUCUGUAUCCUGGAUUUGGGUUCUGGUCUCAUCAUUCCUCAGUGUCUCUGUGCUCUCCGUAGGAGGGAGAGUGUCAUGAAGUCACAACAGCUUGCUUCAAAUGUUGAUGGUCAAUGAUGUGACAACUUUGGUUUCCAGUUAAAACACUAUGACAUAUAUUACAUGUAAUCAAGGGGUGUAUUCAGAUUUAAAAAAUGAUCAUAUAAUCAGCCAAGAUUACAUUGGUAUACAUUCAAACUUAGUGUAUAGUUGCAUUGUCAAAGGUUACUUGAUUUAUUUUGUCAUGAUAACCAGUGUUUACAUUUAUUCAUGAGAACAGAGACUGAAAUACAGGGUUUCUUACAUGCUGUACUUAUAUAAACGGAAUUGAGCACAGAUUGAUGCAUCAAGCAGCAGCAGUUCUCAUGAGGGUGAAAAUGCAAAAUAUGGAAAACAAAUAUCUGACAUAGUCAUUCAGCAAACACACUUUACCAACCACACAAAAAGUCAAAGUGAGGCAGGUUGACUUGAACAGUACCUGACUUUAUCUCUUUAUACUUGUUUUAUCUAUUGUAUGUGGAUGUGUUGUAUUAUCAUAUGAUUUUGUGUUUUUUCAAAUUAUUUAUUUGAUUCUUUAAACAAUUUUAUAUUUUCGUCAAACUCCCCUCCAUAAUUUUGCACCAAAUGUCUCUCCAGAACUGUGACUAAAUGCAUCAUUUUAGCUGAAAAAUGAUCCAAGUUGCUGCUCCUCCAUUGCAUCUUUCUGCACUGAGCUUCUGAUAUCACUCUCUUGUUUUAUAAACUUAAACUCUGAAGUUAUGGCAGUUUAACAGCGUCCUCAAAUCAAAUAUACACAGACACUAGAACUGAUGCAGAGUGACUGUCCUGCAUCGAGUCUACAGUUUACCUCCAUGGACCUGCAACAAGUUUUCCAGUCUUUGGAUACCUUAUAAGUAUGUUUUGUUUUUAUUUUUAUUAAUUCUUUUUUAUUGAUUAAAAAAAACACUAGAAAUGUACUUUUAUAGGCUGGUGCUAGUUUUCUCAGAAUUAGAUGCUCCUAAUUCCUGAAAACACAAUUUAGAGUUUUAACGCUGAAUGCUUUGGAAGGAAGUUUGAACUCUGUAACAAUGAAGUCAUUUAAUAAAUGCAAAAUAAAUCACUGGUAUUCAGCAAAAUCCAACAAAAGCUUCAGAGUUUUGGAGGUACAGAGACAGCUGUAACAACCAAAAGUCAAUCUGACUGCAAAACUGACUACAUAGCCAAAACAACAUGGCAAUGUUAUGAAAACAUUUAGAAUAAGUGACAAUAAAUUUAAUAAGUUGUAUCAUACUUCAUGGUGUAAUUGUUCCUGGAAUGAGUAUCAGUUUAUUAAUAUACUCAAAUGAUGAAUGAAAAUACUGAAAGUAUCAGAACUGAUUAAACAAGUUUUAUUACCUUUA